AGUCUACACGUCACUCUCUCUCAAUCUCAUUGCGCGGUCAUUUUUGCUCGGGACGUCUGUGCGGCAACAUCUUGUACAAUGAAAGGCAUCAACGGGGCCAAACGAGUCCGCCACGACGCCUCCCCCACUGCCCAGGAUGGUUACGUGACCCCGGAGAAGCGAGUGAAACGUUGGAGCGGCGGCCAGACCGCUGCCAAUUACCGGGAAUGGGACGUGGAGGAGGUGUGCUUGUUUCUGGCUAGCCAUGGGCUCGGAGAGCUGGAGGUGAUCUUCAGAGAAAACAAGAUAAAGGGGCGAAUACUGGAAUAUCUUACAGACUCGCAUUUAAAAGAUCUCCAGAUAAGUUCUGUUGCUUUAAGGUUGGAUCUUCUGUCCUGUUUGCGAAUGCUGUGCCAGAACUCACCCAGUAUCAUGAAGGUGUUCAAUGACCCAAUACAUGGUCACAUUGAGUUGCACCCUCUGCUAGUCCGUAUCAUUGACACCCCUGAGUUUCAGCGCCUGAGAUACAUCAAACAGCUCGGAGGAUCCUAUUAUGUCUUUCCUGGGGCUUCUCACAACAGAUUUGAGCACUCCAUUGGAGUGGGAUACCUGGCCGGAUGUCUAGUUCAGGCAUUGCACGAGAGACAGCCAGACCUUCAGAUUGACAUGAGAGACAUGCUCUGUGUUCAGAUAGCUGGACUUUGUCAUGACCUUGGACAUGGACCCUUUUCCCAUAUGUUUGAUGGGAGAUUUAUGCCCCUUGCCUGCCCCCAAAAAAAGUUUAAGCAUGAGUCUGCAUCAGUAGCAAUGUUUGACCACCUUAUACAAUCCAAUGGUUUAGAGGAAGCGAUGAAAGAGAACGGACUUUGCUUACCCGACGACUUAACCUUUAUCAAAGAGCAAAUAGCAGGGCCUCUGUCAUCAGAAGCUGAGCAGCAGUUUAACUCCAGCCCAAAUAGCUCUUCGUGGCCGUAUCGAGGUCGGACAGAAGAGAAAAGCUUCCUCUAUGAAAUUGUGGCUAACAAAAGAAAUGGCAUUGAUGUGGAUAAGUGGGACUAUUUUGCCAGGGAUUGUCACCAUCUGGGCAUUCAAAACAACUUUGACUACAAGCGAUUUUUAAAAUUUGCCCGAGUUUGUGAAGUCGGCAGCAAGAAGCACAUCUGCACCCGAGACAAGGAAGUUGGAAAUCUGUAUGACAUGUUCCAUACCCGCAAUUGUCUCCACCGACGGGCGUACCAGCACAAAGUGGGCAACAUCAUUGAGACAAUGAUCACAGAUGCUUUUGUAAAGGCAGACCCUCACAUCAAAAUAGAAGGGGCCAAUGGAAAGUAUUAUUCAAUCUCUGGUUCAGUGGAUGAUAUGGUGGCUUAUACCAAACUCACAGAUAACAUAUACCAUCAGAUCCUGUAUUCUAAUGAUCCCAAUCUGAAGGAAGCCAGAGAAAUCUUGCAAAAAGUAGAACGGCGACACCUGUACAAAUACAUAGGACAAACGCACCCGCACAGCAACUCCAGAAUUGAACCGGAUAAGUAUGAUAAAUUACCAGCUGAUCUGGCAAGUUCAGUUCCACAAACAUCAGCAAAAGAUGUAGAACUUCACGCAGAGGAUUUCAUAGUAGAUGUAAUCCAUAUGGACUAUGGAAUGAAAGAGCAGAAUCCGAUAAACAACGUGCGCUUCUACUGCAAGGCUGAUCCACGCAAAGCAAUUAAGAUCAGAAGAGAUCAGGUUUCCCAGCUCCUGCCAGAGAAAUUUGCUGAGCAGAUUAUCCGUGUUUAUUGCAAGAAAACUGACGAAAAGAGCUUGGAGACUGCAAAAAGAUACUUUAUUCAGUGGUGCAUGAACAAGGAUUUCUCUAAACCACAGGAUGGGGAUGUUGUAGCUCCAGAUAUGACUCCCCUGAAAGCCAGUUGGGUUGAUGACGAUGAUGAUGAAGAUAAUGAAGGCCCACAACAGACAGAGCUUCUGCACAAAUCCAGAGUGAAGCUGUUUACUAACUAAUAGCCUGUGUAUGGGGCAAGCUGCUUUUAAAUAUCCAUUUUCAUGCACCGGAAAGUUCAUGCCUGGAUUCUGUUGUCCUACAUAGAACUUGCACCUAGACUAUCACAAAUGCUGCACUCUCAGUCCCAGUUGAAGUCUAUUGUUCCUUCCCCCCUAUUUCCAGGACCUCAAAUGUGUUCCUUUUACCUCCUCCAAUACGACAGAGUGAAUGUCAUGGAGUAAGUGCCAGUGUUUCCUCCUGCAGUAAGAAUCGAUGCUGAAAUCGGUUUUACUCCAUCUCUGAAUGUACUCCUUGAUUUUACUCACAGCUCCGGAACAGCUCCGUGUUUAUCAUGGAAACCUGAAGAAUCACAGUACUCACUGCUCAAAAGCAAAGGUAAUAUUGGGCAUGGGAACAACUUCCUAUCAGGUGGCUUUGAACUACAACUCUCACAUCCGAGGAUUACAGUUCAAGAACAUCUGGAAUUGUAGAAGUUGCCCACCGCUGCUUUCCUUAGUCUAAAUAAUGUUUGUGCUUUUUUUUUAUUUUGUAUGAGACUUCUGGGGCUCCAGGCUUGUUCCUAACCAGUGUUCUAUAAUGUGGGAGUGUCUUACUAUGGGCACCCCCUGUUAUUGUUUGCUUGGUUCUUUAUUUUAAUAUUUGUGUGGUUUAGGUUUUUUAUCAUUAUUAUUUUAAUCAAUCGAUAACCAAUAGGCUUAUACACAGUGGCCGUGCAUCAUGACUCUCUUUAUCGGAAGUGACCCUUUAAAUCAUUCAGUUCAACUCACAACACCCAGAACAAAUCUUUUUUUUUUUUUUUUUUUUGAAAGAAAAAAUAUUAUUUAAUUUUAAAAUUAUAAAGGGAGUAAGGGAAAAUAUCUAUAUGGAAUUCGUCAUUUAUUUGCCCUGUGCAAAUGCGGCGGUGUACGAUGAAAGUCUUGCAUUUCAGUUCAUUCUAGGGAUGUACCAAAUCCACUCUUUUGGAUUCGGCCGAACCCCUGAAUCUUUCUUGAAAGAUUAGGCCGAAUACCUAAUCCUAAUUUGUAUAUGCAAAUUAGGGGUGAGAAGGGGAAAUUUAUUUUACUUCCUUGUUUUGUGACAAAAAGUCGAAAAAGCCGAAAAAGCCGAAUCCUGCUGAAAAAGGCUGUGUCCUGGUCGAAUCCCCGAUUCCUGGAUUCGGUUCAUCCCUAGUUCAUGCAGAGUAGAACAUUACGGGGGAAGAAAAAGUUAUAUUCACAUACAUAGAGGUGCACUCUCAGCUUUGCACGCAUUAAAAAUUAGGGAUGCACUGAAUCCAGGAUUCAGCCUUUUUCAGCAGGAUUUGGAUUCGGCCUGAACCGAAUCUGAAUUCUAAUUUGCAUAUGCAAAUUAGGGGCAGGGAGGGAAAUCGCAUGACUAUUAGACACAAAACAAGGAAGUGAAAAAAUGGUUUCCCCUUCCCACGUCUAAUUUGCAUAUGCAAAUUAGGCUUCGGUUCGGUAUUUGGCCAAACCUUUUGCAAAGGAUUCGGCUGAAUCUAAAAUAGUGGAUUCGGUGCAUCCCUUUUAAAAAUGAAACCAAAUUUUAGGGUUAAAAAAACAUUCAUUUUGGACAAAGGCCAAAACGUUGGGUUGUUUGUUUUUUGUUUUGAUGCCUAAUAAAUACUGUAUAAAGUAUUUACACACACACUCCAGUUAAUUUAGGGAUGUCGUUUUUAUGGUCGUUGCUAGUGUGACAUU